AUGGUGUUCGGCAGCGAGUCUGACUCGGGUGACUCGUGGGGUGCUGAGCAGCUAGACGGGUAUGAGGAGGAGACCGUGCAGGGCUUUGCCCAUGAGCUGCUGAAUGCAAGCAAAGAAAUGGACGAACUUAUCUGGUCGGGCAGAGACAUCGAGUCUGCAAGAAGACAAGCGGAGCUUCUGCAUGGGCGCGAGUUCUUCCUGCAGCUGCGCUGUGCAGAUGAUUGGCUUGUUGAGGGCCUCUUACGCUGGGGUGGCGCUAUGCCUGGUGAGCCGGACUUCAACCUGGACGACGCGCUUCGUGCGCUGUUCUGCUUUCAUUCUGCCGGAAUGACCCACCAGACGCAUGGGCAUCUGUAUCCGGACCUGCAGUUCAAGCUCCACAGCCAAGAGGAGGCUUUAGAGCUGGCCCUGGGCAUCACUAGCAUGCUGGGAGAAGAGUACGUUGAAAAGGGUUAUCAGGCCAAGUGGUACACGAAGCUGAAAGAGCAGUAUCGCGAAGUUUUUGUCUCUUUCGAGGACUCGGACGACGAUGAUGCGCCGCUGUAUCAUGCUGUCAUGAUGCUGGCCAACAAAGUGCUGGGCAUCGACGUUGAGAAGGUGCCCCCCAGAGAGACGGGUAGCCUAGACUUGGACGCACUUGAGCCGGCCAGUUCGCUUCCAGCAAGUGGGCUGACUCAGAGUAUCCUCGCCGCAGCCCGCGGCAAGCUUCCGGCCCUCGUCACGGUGGAGGACCGUGGAGAGAAAGAGGCUAUUGCGCUGAAGCUGGUCCGGGUAUGGCGUGGCGUGCCGGGAACUUUGCUGGAGGUGCUGUACAUGCACAAUACCCGUGAGGACUUCCACAGCAGCAGCUGCUUGCAACGACUGUGCCUGGAGGAGCUCUUGCAAGAGCAUCAGGACAUCCAAAAGGUCGUGUGCCGACCUUCAGAACUCGCUGAGUUGCACACGACGCUGACGCAAAGCAGCGCUCAGAUCAGUGCCGAGUGCCACAUGCGCCGGCGGAGAGGCUUUGCAAACGGCAUGUCUGGGAAGGCAGGCGCUCAAGCGAGGGUCCUGCGCGAGCCUCUGGAGGUUGGCUUCCUUGUACUGGGAACAGGGGAGCACAGCGCGAGUUGCCUGAAGGGAAAGAGUCUGAAAGCGAAGGCGAAUGAGGCCUUUGGACACGGGGACUUGCCAAGAGCCUUGGAGCUCUAUGGUCAGAGCCUAAGAUCCUUCCAGAAGUGUCCCAGCCACGAGCAGCCGCUGGUCAAAGAGGAGGAGGCGAAAGUGCACGGAAACAGGGCCGAAUGUUACCUCCGCCUCACACGCUGGCAGGAAGCCGUUGAAGCCGCCGGCGCGGCGCUGGAAAAUGACGGCCGGUCGGUCAAGGCGCUCUUCCGGCGAGCGAAGGCGCACAAGGAGCUGGUAGAGCGAAGCUCCGCCAUCAAGGAUCUCAAGCUGGCGCUGCGCAUCGACGGGAGCAACGCGGCCGUACGGGGGCUGCUGAAGGAGCUUCUGGCUGAAGCUAAGGAGGAUCCCAAGGAGACUCCCAAGGAAGCUCCCAAGGAAACUCCCAAGGAAACUCCCAAGGAAACUCCCAAGGAUUCCAAGGAGGUCCCACAUCUGGGCCUAGACGCGGCCUCUUGGGCUACCGGGCUGUCUCCGGCCAUGCAACAGGAGUGGCUAGUAGAUUGCUAUCGCAUGCGCAUUGAUGACGAGUAUGUCUGGGGCUGUAGCGGGAGGUACAGUGUGAACUCCACGGUCAACUUCCUGCACUUUUGCAAGCUCGCGGUCAAAAACGGUGUCAUCCCCAACAACUGGGAGUGGAGAGCUUUCGUGCGGAAGGCUCGCCAACUCCUGCCAUAUGCCUUCGAGAAGUCCGACGCGCAGGACAAGUACGGCAGCGAGAACGUUUUCAUGGCUGCCCUCGGAGGGCGCAGUUUGCGGCUGACGGCGGAGAUCGUCUAUGGCUCAUCCUGCAUGAUGGGGUCCCAAGAAGAUGAGGCUAGCCGGCGGCUGCGACAGAAGCUUCGCCGCGGGGCUCUGGAAUCCAGCCUCUUUGUGGACAUCGGCGGGCAGGAGGUCUGGGAGGAAUGCUUCCCGCUGCUUGCCAUGGGUGGGCUGAUGGGUGGCAAAGGAAGCAAAGGCAGACCUGCAGGUGGCAAGGGCGGUAAGGGCCGCAAGGGCUUCCAGGCUCCGGCCACGAGCAUCCGGUGCUGCUACCACAUGCAAGGCUGCUGUAGCUUCGGCGAGCGAUGCAAGUUUUCCCAUGAGGCGGAUUCCCACAACCGUCCAUGCCAGUUUGGGGCACGCUGCCGCCUGGGCCAUGGGCACAUUUCAAACUGA